CAGACCAUACUUAACGGUCUACGGUCCAGACCAAACUAUGCGGUACGGUUUGGACCACGGUUUUUCUAACGGUCUGGUCUAUUUUCCUAGCCAUAUCUGUGGGUGUGUGUAGGGCUGGGCAGUGGGCUGGGCUUCGGUCGAUUUGGGUCUAAUUGAUAAUUGAAGUGUCAAUUUUGUUUCGUCACACAACAAUAAAACUCAUGUCGAUCACUGACCAACGCCUAAUAUUAGAUAACCACACCAUCGAUUGGUCGGUUACUAGUGUGAACUGCGGUUAAUCGACUAACUGAAAAAUCAGUGGGUGGUGGCAAUGAUUGGUGGUGGGCUGGUAGCGAUGGAAGGAAGUAGCAGCAGGAAUGCGUUCGCCUGCUCUAUUGUUGCUCUCGACGGCGAAGGACGAUCGGCGUCCGACGACAAGGAAGAACUGCGAGGGGAAGGAAGGCAGAACCCGUGCUCGACUGCUCUGUUGGGUCUCGAGGAACGGAGCGCGGUGCGACGAGAAACGGGGAAAGUCGGAACGAAGAAGAGGAACUAAAGAGGUGGAGGCACGGUACAGACGCGAAUCUGUGAUGGGGGCUUGGGCGGAGGCACGACGGGAAAGAAAGGAAAGGGUUUUGAGUUUGACGAUUUUUCGGUUUAUGAUUUUAGGGUUCUUGUUCGACUGUGGGGGACUGGGGGCUGGGGGAAGGUCGAAUGGGGAAUUAUUUGCAUAUUCAGUUGGAGGUCAGUUAGCCGAGUAAUCGCGGUUAAUUACAUCCGAUUACUCGGCUAACCGUCUCCUCUCAAUUCCCAACGACCACCGACCGGCGCCACCUUUGCAUUGAUUUUUGGUUAGCAGUUAACCAACGGUUUUCGGUUAUAAACGACGGUUACCCACUAACUUGAAAUCGAUUGCCCAACCCUAGGUGUGUGCGGGUAUUUAUGGGUUGGAUAUCCCUAAUUCCAAACCCAAUUCAAUUUGCUGAAUAGUACAAGUGCAACGAAUUUCAAUCCAAACUUGACUCAAAAUUCGUCAAUGCGUGUUUUAAGCAUUUUGAUAGAGUUGAAUCAGAUAGGAUACCCACAAAUUCUGGUUUUGUUGUCAUCCCUAAUUACUAAAAAAUUUCAGUCAAGUGUAUAUAAGACGAGGUUAGAGAAUAACAUCAAUUAAUGACUAGAGUUGACAAUAAAUUCAUGGUAUCAUCUAUUUAUUUUACCAUGCAUCUAAUGAAUGGGCAAACUCGAAAAUCAACUAUGGUAAACAAAGUCUAACGUGUAUUUUUUAUAAUAAUAUUACACAUACCAAGAGUUUGAAAUAGCAAAUCCGACCAGUAGGUAGAGCAAAGAGCUUGAUCGUCGACCUCAGCCGAAUCCAAUACUGAACUUUGGUCACACAAUCUGUGAAACAGAGGUAGGCGCUCUUGCUUUCGAGCUUGGAAUCGCAAACUUGGAAGGAACUGCAAAAAAUUCGCGACUUAUGUUCUUCUGGAGCACGAUUUUUGUAGGUUCAUUCACAAUUCUUUCCGUAGAGAAGUCAAAGAAGGUGUCUAUCAAUUUGUUGAAAUAUAUGGACUUCUUAGUUGGUUUGAUGGAUGUACCAAAAGAGAGGGAAUUUGUUGACGGGGAGGUUUUUAACUUUAAUAGGAAUCAUAUCUAGUUGGCAAUUAACAAUAUCACAGUUCAUAUCAAGAGUUAAGAUGAAGACCGAAUUUCCGGGGAAUCAGUGGCCAUUUGAACUCGUCCCUUCGUGUAAUACUGGACUUGCAGUACAUUGUGGCGGGCAUGUGCAUCCACUUACAACCUACCCUCCUCGCUCUGUUGUUAGCCCAUUAUAUCUCAAUUUCUCAAAAUAUUUUUUUUUGUAAGAAUUUCUUUAAACAUGUAUUCAUAUUUCUCUUAUUUUAUAGUUUCUUCAAUUAAUUACACUUGACUUUACGAUCAAUCUCUCGCCUCAACUCGUAUUUGUCCGCUCCGCUCCACCCAAUUGCCAUCACAAAUUGUGAAAGAAGCCCCAACAUCUAAAAGAGAGAGAUGGAAUACUGUCCCACACCCCACUGAUAGUUUUAGGAGAGAUAAACUUUUUGUAGAGACGUGAUAUUUGUUGCCCGUCAUAUUAAUAUUUGUGCCCACAGUUACAUAGAAAAUGACCAUUCUAACCCUAAUCCUAUACUCUCCCUCCUGCAUUCCUUUCUCAUUGCCCUCUCCGCCCGCUAACAGAGUGAAAUCAAAUCUCAACUUCAACGGUCAUCUGGUUCUCCAUCGUCGUUUUGUCCUCGUCACAGAUGAGAUGCCGCUGCGCUGUCGUUUCACCAUCACUGAAGAAGAUACACUUGCUCCGCUGCCGUUUCAUUCUUGUUGUCUGAAGAAACAGAUGAUGCGCUG